AUGGCUUCCCUUAUUGACGACCCGAGGGUCGUCCGCCUAGAUCGUUUUUUCCAUGACGUUAUCAAUGGACGAAGGGCCCUAUCCUCAGUCCGAGACGGGAAAAUGUUUAUUGAAGCAAUUUGCUCUCAGAAAGAUCCAGCAACAGCAGCAUAUAAAUUAUUAUCUGGACCAUCAGGCCUUGAUGCAAUCCAAGCUUCGAUGCGUUUUGACACCACACCCUCGUUCCUCAACGAAACAUCUGUGCUCUUACUCCAAUAUUUACAAUCACCACUCUUGAAAGCCAUCAACUCCGGGUUAAGUUUAUCAGAGCUUAUUACCGCGAUAGCCGAGCCUCCCUUUUUCUGGGAUGGAUUCAUGAAAGCUUUCAAGACUGGUCAACUGAAUGAAGAGGCAUCUUAUGCAUUCGCAUGGCUUUUACUCGAGCUUAUCAAUCGUCCUGGAAAAUCACCAACUACUUAUGUCCUUGUGGCGAAAUCUCCCGGUAUCUUGGAUGCGAUUCUAACAUCUGCCAACGGGGAUUGUAGAAAUUUGGGUCAAAAAAUCAAGCACACCCUAUCCUUGGAUGCAUCCGACCUUGACAAAGACCUUGACUUUGGGCCUGGUGGAAGACACAAUAAUGACCAUGCGAACCACCGAGAUAUUUCAAUCAUGCCUACGGCAGAUGAACUUCUAUCUAAGGAACGACCGUUUCUACGUACCCCGGACAUAUACCUCAAAAAUGUGGAUCCCACUCGACUGGGAAUUCACAUUGAUAAUCAAUUUCGACUCCUUCGUGAAGACAUGCUAGGCGAAAUUAGGGAUGAGAUUCAGAAGCUCCAAGGCUUGAAAUCAGGAUACCAUCGAGGGCUAACAUUUGAUAACAUUCGAGUGGCAAGCAUACAUAUCAAAGGAGAUAAGUUCCGAGAGCCAUGGGGCCUCAUGUUUCAAUGUCCAGAUGAAUUACAGUCUCUGAAGAAAAUAGACUCUAAGAAUCAAAGCAAGCGCGUCGAUUAUCUCAAGGAAAACAGGAACAUUCUUAGGCAAGGAACAAUCGGGUGCUUGUUUGUUGAUGGUGAACCUGUCGCCUUUCCAUCUAUCGAUAGGAACGAGGAAGAACUGGCGAAAAAACCCGCUAAUAUUGUUUUGCAAUUUCAAGAUGAGACAACCGUAUCCAGAACUUUGGUAAAACUUAAGGCUGCUCAAAAGAUCAAAUUGGUGCAAAUGGACACAUCAAUCUUCGGCUUUGAACCAUUUCUCAAACGCCUACAAGAUAUGAAUGACGUUCCUUUGGCAGAGAAGCUUCUUUCGUGGAGUGAGGACCAGUUCAAUUCUGGCCCGCCGUUCCAGCCUUUGCAACUGAAAAAGAAGAUAGAAAGAAGUUCUGGGAAAGAUCUGAGUUCUCUUCUCUCGACGGAGAAAUCGAUUGUUCUGGAUGACUCUCAAAUUCAAUCUCUACUUGCUAUCUUAUUCCAAAGAGUCAGUUUGAUUCAAGGGCCCCCAGGUAUGGAUAUCCUCAUUUUGUCAUGCGAUGGAGGAAGCACAGGAAAAUCAUUUAUUGGAGCACUGGGAGCGAAAGUAAUUCACAACUUCACAUCUGAAAUGAUCUUAGUCGUGUGUUAUACAAACCACGCAUUAGAUCAAUUCCUCGAAGACCUUAUGGACAUUGGUAUACCACCUUCUGAUAUGAUACGACUCGGCGCAAAGUCCACCCCUCGAACACAAUCGUUGUCACUUAGCAAACAAGGUUCAUCAAAGCUCGAUAACUCCCAAUGGAACCGGAUCCGCAAACUUGAAGAUAGUCUGCGUCUACACGAGGCACGUUUGAAAAGUGCCUUCACAAGAUACAACUCAGCAAAUGUGAGUAAGCAACAAAUUUUGGAUUACCUUGAGUUCCUAGAUGAUAUUACAUUUUACGAUACAUUCCUAGUACCACAAACGACCACGAAUGGUAUGACAAAGGUUGGGAAGAAGGGUAAAGCUGUGGAUAAGUUCUACUUACUUGAUAGAUGGACCAGAGGACAGAUGAAUGCCGGAUCCUUUGAACAUUCACAGCACAAGAACUCCAAAGCUGUGUGGGGUAUCAGCCCUGAUCAGAGGGCAAAGAUGAUUUCAACUUGGAAGUCGGCUAUCAUAGAGGAGAUGGUUGCAGAAUUGGAUAAAAUUGGAAAGCAGUUCAAUGCCGAACAAGCAGAGAAAAACGAGCUUGUUGGACAAAGAGAUGUAAACAUCAUCAAGUCAAAGAGAAUCAUUGGCUGCACAACUACUGCAGCUGCAAAAUACUCCAACGCAAUUCAAGCAGCUUCUCCUGGAGUCUUAUUAGUUGAGGAAGCCGGAGAAAUUCUCGAAGCUCAUAUUUUCACAGCUUUGGGGAGAAAUACUGAACAGCUGAUCCUCAUUGGAGACCAUAAACAACUUCGUCCGAAGUGCAAUACCUACGGCCUCAAGGUUGAGCAAGGUGAUGGAUACAAUUUGGACAUGUCUUUAUUUGAAAGACUCGUGCUUGACGGCUUUCCACAUGUUACUCUGACAAAACAGCAUCGUUCUCGACCGGAGAUAUCGUCGAUUAUUAGACACCUUACCUAUCCCGACUUAGUUGAUGCCGAUUCGACAAAAAAUCGGAAAGAUCUUCUCGGAUUUAGAGACAAUCUUAUUUUCGUAGAUCAUACGGCUCCGGAACAUGAAGUGAAUGUCAGAGAGAUGAGGGACAACGUGGAGUCCACAUCUUCCAAAAAGAAUGAUUUUGAAGCCAGCAUGAUACUCAAAUGCGUCAAGUACCUUGCUCAACAAGGAUAUGGCUCGGACAAGUUGGUUGUAUUAACCCCCUAUGUAGCUCAGCUUAGACUGCUGCUCGAGAAACUUGCGAAAGAGAACGAUCCCAUCCUCAACGAUUUGGAUAAAUUCGAUCUCAUCCGUGCUGGACUGUAUAUUGAUACUGGCGCCAAAGCUUCCAAGCCAUCACUACGGAUUUCCACUGUUGAUAACUACCAAGGUGAAGAAAGUGAUAUAGUAAUCGUUUCUUUGACCAGAAGCAACUCUAGACACGACAUCGGCUUUAUGUCGCAGCCUCAACGCCUGAAUGUUCUAGUGUCUCGUGCUCGAAAUGCGCUGAUCAUGGUUGGUAACUCCGAAACCUUCAUACAUUCUCGGAAAGGAAGUGCCUUAUACAAGAGUUUCUUUGACUUAUUGAAAGGCUCGGGCCAUUUUUAUCCUGGCUUCCCUGUGAAAUGCGCGAACCACCCUGAUCGAAUGGCAACUUUGACCAUACCGGAACAUUUCGAAGAAUAUUGCUCAGAUGGCGGGUGCAAUGAGCCUUGUGGCGCUCUAUUGAAUUGUAAUACUCAUCAUUGCCCUAGCAAAUGUCAUCAGGUUUCUGACCACUCUAAAAUGUUAUGUAAGGAGAUCUUACAGCAAAAGUGUCCCGAAGGACAUACAAUCAAAUCGAAAUGUCAUGAGAAUAUUCCAAUAAAAUCCUGUCCCAAGUGCGAAAAGGAGAAACGAGAUGCUGCCAACCAAGCAAAGAAAGAAUUAGAUGAGCAGUUGCGACGAGAGGAAAUGAGGAAAAAACAUCAAAAAGAGCUUGAAAAACUCCAGAAAGAUCUAGAUAGGGUACAUCAAGAGAUUCAGGACUCCCAGCUGAGAUCAGAACAAGAAGCAGUUUUAGCACAGAAAAGAAAGGAACUGUCUACCAUCAAAAAUCGACUAAUUCAAAUUCAGUCGACGCCGGUAGUAGAUAAAUCGACAUCUACUACCACGAGUAAGCCACCGGCUCCUAUUGCUUCUUCUCCCGUCAUUUCCAGUGGAGCACCUGCCAGUACCUCGGGUGCUACACCUCCGCAACCCCAUGCAGUUCAAACACAGUCUCCUCAGAAAAGCAAGAAUGUUCCAAAGAAACUUCAGACGCGAGUUGGCCAGAAAACUUCGACAUCAAAGAUUGAGUGGCAACGACAAAAGGACCUGGAGAAUGCGAUAAAUCCGGCCAUAGACAAAAUCAUGGAGAUGAUUGGCCUCGAGGAUGUAAAAUCUCAGGUACUGCGAAUUAAAGCAAAAGUCGAUACUUCCAAACGCCAAGGGACAGAUCUCAAAAAGGAAAGGCUGGGCUUGAUUCUGUUAGGUAAUCCUGGAACAGGUAAAACAACAGUGGCGAGACUCUACGCCAAGAUCUUGACAUCACUACAAGUUCUUCCUGGCGAUGAAUUUGUUGAAACAACUGGCAGCCAUCUCGCGCAUGGCGGAGUAAAUGAUGUCAAAAAGCAUUUAGCCAUUCUUGACAGUGCUCAGGGCGGAGUUUAUUUCAUUGAUGAAGCUUACCAAUUGACAGAAGGACAUAACGUCGGUGGUAAGACAGUUUUGGACUACCUUCUUACAGAAAUAGAAAAUCUUGUGGGCAAAGUUGUUUUCGUCUUCGCCGGAUAUCGCAAGCAGAUGGAGAAGUUCUUCGAGCAUAAUCCCGGUCUACAAUCACGCCUACCGUACACGCUUCAUUUUGAAGAUUAUACCGAUGCUGAACUCCUUGAAAUGUUGCAAUAUCAGAUCCAUAAAUUUUAUCCUUCUCCAAUGAUUAUAGAAGAUGGCCAAGAUGGACUUUACAUGCAAAUCUCGGUGCAAAGAUUGGGCAGGGGAAGAGGAAGAGAAGGGUUUGGGAAUGCGCGAGCUCUAGAGAACAUGUUUGCGAGGAUUCGUGAACGCCAAGCGGAUCGCUUAACGAAAGAGCGUAGGGAUGGCCUCGGUCCAGACGACAAUCUUAUCACCAAGGAAGACCUGAUAGGACCAGACCCAUCUCAAGCAAUUCUGAAAUGCAAGGCAUGGGAUGAGCUACAAAGCCUUACUGGUCUGAAAUCUGUCAAGGACUCCGUAAAAUUCAUUAUCGAAGUCAUCAAGACGAACUACAAACGAGAGCUAGAACAGAAGCGAAUUAUUGCGGUAUCAUUGAAUCGUGUAUUCCUCGGCUCUCCAGGUACUGGUAAAACAACAGUGGCCAAGCUAUAUGGCCGCAUUCUUUCAGACCUUGGGAUAUUGAGCAACGGAGAAGUUGUUACGAAAAACCCGGCCGAUUUCAUAGGUAGCCAUAUAGGACAAUCGGAAGAAAACACAAAAAAAAUUCUUGCUACCACACUUGGAAAAGUUCUAAUCAUAGAUGAAGCAUACAUGCUUUAUCCUAGCUCUAAGGGUAGUCAUGGUGGAGGCGGAGGCUCUGACAUUUACAGAACAGCAGUGAUAGACACGAUUGUUGCCGAAAUACAGAGCGUACCUGGUGACGACCGAUGUGUGUUACUUCUAGGCUACGAAGAUAAAAUGAUUGAGAUGUUUCAGAAUGUUAAUCCAGGCUUAACAAGACGCUUUCCUCCUGCAGAUGGCUUUCAAUUUGCCGACUUCAAUGACCAAGAGCUUGAGGAGAUUCUACAGCAGAAGUUGAGUGCGUAUGGGCUCGAUGCAACUCAAAAAGCAGUAUCCGUUGCCAUAGAUUUACUCGCACGAGCUCGAAACGGGCUUAAUUUUGGAAAUGGGGGUGACGUUGAGAAUUUAAUAUCUAAGGCAAAGAAAAACUAUCUAUCUCGACAGUCAAAAUUGCCUGUCGGUCAACGAUCGAUUGAUUUCUUGUUUGAGCCAGAAGACUUUGAUUCAGACUUUGAUCGAGCAUCCAGUGCAGAGACAAAUCUGAAAGAUCUUUUCAAAGGUAUCAUAGGAUGUGAUACUAUCAUUGCGAAGCUUGAUGGAUAUGUGAAAGUGGCGAAAGGCAUGAGAAAGCUCGGGAAAGAUCCUCGGUCCCAAAUUCCAAUGAAUUUCAUAUUUAAAGGCCCCCCAGGAACUGGAAAGACUACAACUGCCCGGAAAAUUGGCCAAGUUUAUUAUGAUUUAGGGUUUCUGUCGGAGGUAAAAGUUGUUGAAUGUUCCGCAUCAGAUCUUAUUGGCCAAUUUGUUGGGCAUACUGGCCCCAAGACUGUCAAACAACUUGAGCUUGGCCUGGGGAAAGUUCUCUUCAUCGACGAAGCAUACCGACUUGGGCAAGGAAAUUUCUCCCAAGAAGCUAUUGAUGAACUAGUUGAUUCCAUGACUAAACCGAAAUUCGCCGGUAAAAUGAUCAUAAUUCUUGCAGGAUAUGAGAAAGAUAUGAACACGCUGCUUACCAAAAACGAAGGCUUGAAUAGCCGUUUCGCUGAUGAGAUCAAUUUUCCAGCUCUUACACCCAAAGAUUCUCUUCUCGUUCUACAGAAUGCCUUGGAAAAAGAAAAUAUCUCCAUCGACGGGUUGAAAGAUAUGACCGAUCAUCAGCCUUUCUUGGAUUUGAUUGCAGAGCUCUCCAAACUCCCCGCUUGGGGUAACGCAAGAGAUAUGAUCACACUCGCUAAGAGCAUGACGCGUGCAUUCUACCAAUCGACCACGAAUACUUCGUCAAAUAAUCCCAACAACAAUCUAUCAUACGACGAUGCCAUGGCUUGCAUUCAAGACAUUAUUGAUAGCAAAAAAGAUAGGGCUCACGUGCAAGGAAAACCACGGCAUAAUUUGUCAAAAGAUGCACCAAUCAUGAGCAAUAUUCAACAACCGCCUGCUCCCCCCUCAACUUCUACCAAUACCUCUUCCGCGACUAAAAAUGCAUCGAAGGACAAGCAUGAUGACGAGCCCGCAAAGCCACUAUUCGAAGAUGACGAACCGGAUACUGACGAUGUUCGUGAUGCGGGGGUUUCCGACGCAAUAUGGACUCAACUACAACGGGAUAAAAAGGCCGCCGAGGAAAAAGCCCAGCGCUACGCCGAUGAAAUACGCAAGAAGCAAGAAGAAAUGCGAGCACUUCAAGAAGCCGAGCGCAAAGCCAGAGAGGAAGCCCUGCGACAAAUCCAAGCAAAAAAUGAAGCCGAAUGGCAAGAACAACUCCGUUUGCGCGAGGAAGCACGACUUCGUGAAUUAAAAGCUAAAGCUGAGAGGGAACGUAUUGAGCAGGAACGAGAACGCAGAAGAUUGGAAGAGGAAUUGAGGAGAAAGAAAGAGGCGCAAGCGCAGGCAAAGUUGAGGAAUCUGGGAGUCUGCGUUAUGGGGUAUCAGUGGAUUAAACAGGUUGGCGGGUAUAGGUGUGCUGGGGGGAGCCAUUUUGUAUCGGAUUCCCAAUUGGCGAUUUGA